GACCCGGAAGGAGUUGUUUUGGAGGAGGCGGGCUUGAGAGGGUGGAGUUUCUGACGCUACCUCUCGGGGCUCCAGUGCUUCUUUCCUCGCUCGACCGGCUGUGGCUCCUGCUGGAGAACUGUGACCAGGUCUGCGGGAACCACACCUAUGGCUUCCGUGCUGUCCUACGAAAACCUGGUCCACGCCGUGGCGGGAGCCGUGGGAAGCAUGACGGCAAUGACGGUAUUUUUUCCCUUGGACACGGCUCGACUUCGACUUCAAGUUGAUGAGAAAAGAAAGUCCAAAACGACACACAUGGUGCUCCUGGAGAUCAUUAAAGAAGAAGGCCUCCUGGCACCAUAUCGAGGGUGGUUUCCAGUGAUCUCCAGCCUCUGCUGCUCCAAUUUUGUCUAUUUCUACACUUUUAAUAGCCUCAAAACAGUCUGGGUCAAAGGUCAACAUUCUACUACUGGAAAAGAUCUGGUAGUUGGCUUUGUUGCAGGCGUGGUGAACGUGCUGCUAACAACCCCACUUUGGGUGGUAAACACCAGACUGAAGCUGCAAGGGGCCAAAUUUAGGAAUGAAGACAUUGUGCCGACCAACUACAGUGGUAUCAUUGAUGCUUUUCACCAGAUCAUUCGUGAUGAAGGGAUCUCGGCUUUAUGGAACGGCACGUUUCCCUCGUUGCUGUUGGUCUUCAAUCCUGCCAUCCAAUUCAUGUUCUAUGAAGGUUUAAAACGGCAGCUUUUAAAGAAACGAAUGAAGCUUUCCUCUUUGGAUGUGUUCGUCAUUGGUGCAAUAGCCAAAGCCAUUGCCACCACGGUCACCUAUCCCAUGCAGACAGUACAGUCAAUUCUGAGGUUUGGACGUCACAGACUAAACCCAGAAAACAGAACACUGGGGAGUCUUCGGAACGUUCUCUAUCUUCUGCACCAACGAGUGAGGCGUUUUGGAAUAAUGGGACUCUACAAAGGCCUUGAAGCCAAACUGCUACAGACAGUCCUCACUGCUGCUCUCAUGUUCCUCGUUUAUGAGAAACUGACGGCUACCACCUUCAUGGUCAUGGGGCUGAAGAGGGCGAGCAAGCACUGAGAAAUGCCUUCCACCGCCCAGCACGGAGAUGCUCAGGAUGGGGGCUCCCUUCUGUGUGAAGAGAAGCGAUCCUCCUCUUACUCCCUCCUCCCCCUGAGAACUUCAUCCUCAUUGGCUUGAAGCCUGUCUAAGGUUAAACAGGGAGUAUAGCCAGCGUGACCUAUUACCAACUUAAUUUUUAUGAUGGGUGCUUGAAUUUUGUGGGGAGAUUGGACCAAUGGCCACCUGAAAAGAAAAUAUUAUUGAGAACCUAAAAGUGAAAGUUUAUGCCGGUUUAAUUGAUUUUCUGGAGAGGAAUAGACUGUUGCUCUCAUGUAUAAUAUUUUCCAGUAAAAAUGUUUCCUAAAUGUAUCAGCUGUUCUCUUUCCCUAGACCUCCCCCACCCCAGGUUCUAGGACAAAUUUGCUACUAUAUCAUAUACUUUGUAUGUCUUCAUCUUGGUAUAUGGGCAUGGCUUUAUUCUUGCUGGACUUAAGAAAAGAUGUCUUCUUUAGUAUGUGAGCUAUUUAUUUUAUGGGGGAAAUGAAAAUUAUUAAUCCCAAAUGAUUCUCUUAUAAACUAUUUGUAAACAUCCCUUAUUCUUUAGUAUUUGACGUAAUUAAAAAAUGCCUAUUUUGAGUCAA